CUCACGCCAUUCACUGGGACAAUAAUGGGCCAUUUCCAGCAGGGACGAUGCCGUGUUGCACCGGGUGCCUAACUGCCACCCACCUCCAGAGAAUCUCAGUAUCUGAAAAGUGGCAGUGACCAAAGAAGAGGCUCUCCUGGCCGAGGCCCCAGUACAUGGAGAGAAGGAAGAAAGCAAUCUUCUAAUUGGAACCAUAUACAUUAGAUGGAUGGUUUCUAGCCUGCUUCCAAACCCCACCUCGGCUGAGUGUUGGGCGGCCCUUCUACACGCUCCUAUGACUCUUGAUAUGGACGCAGUCCUGUCAGACUUUGUUCGGUCCACGGGGGCAGAACCUGGUCUGGCCAGAGACCUGCUGGAAGGCAAAAACUGGGACCUGACUGCCGCUCUGAGUGACUAUGAGCAGCUCCGACAGGUGCACACAGCCAACCUGCCACCUGUGUUCAACGAGGGCAGGUGCCCCAAGCAGCCCGAGCGAGAGCACCCCCCACCUGUGCACACGGCCGAGCGGCCCUGCCUGCCCAGGCAGGACGACAUCGCCCAAGAGAAGCGGCUCUCGCGCGGGAUCUCCCACGCCAGCUCGGCCAUCGUGUCCCUGGCGCGGUCCCACGUGGCGAGCGAGUGCAGCAGCGAGCAGUUCCCACUGGAGAUGCCCAUCUACACGUUCCAGCUGCCGGACCUGAGCGUGUACAGCGAGGACUUCCGGAGCUUCGUGGAGCGAGACUUGAUCGAGCAGGCGACCAUGGUGGCUCUGGAGCAGGCGGGUCGCCUGAACUGGUGGUCCACCGUGUGCACGAGCUGUAAACGGCUUCUUCCUUUGGCCACGACAGGGGACGGGAACUGCCUUUUACACGCUGCCUCACUGGGAAUGUGGGGGUUUCACGACCGGGACCUGGUUUUGCGGAAAGCUCUCUACACCAUGAUGAGGACGGGGGCCGAGAGGGAGGCCCUGAAGCGAAGAUGGAGGUGGCAGCAGACGCAGCAGAACAAGGAGUCAGGGCUGGUGUACACGGAGGAGGAGUGGGAGCGGGAGUGGACAGAGCUGCUGAAGCUGGCCUCCAGCGAGCCGCGCACACACUUCAGCAAGAACGGCGGCUCGGGCGGGGGCGUGGACAACGCCGAGGACCCCGUGUACGAGAGUCUGGAGGAGUUCCACGUUUUCGUCCUUGCCCACAUAUUAAGGAGGCCCAUCGUCGUUGUAGCAGAUACGAUGCUGAGGGACUCAGGCGGGGAAGCAUUUGCUCCGAUCCCCUUCGGAGGGAUUUACCUGCCCUUGGAGGUGCCUCCCAACAGAUGCCACUGCUCACCUCUGGUUCUUGCCUACGACCAAGCGCAUUUCUCUGCCCUUGUGUCCAUGGAGCAGAGAGACCAGCAGAGAGAACAAGCCGUGAUCCCCCUGACGGAUUCAGAGCACAAGCUGUUGCCUCUGCACUUUGCGGUGGACCCCGGGAAGGACUGGGAGUGGGGGAAAGACGACAAUGAUAACGCCCGGCUGGCCCACCUGAUCCUGUCGCUAGAAGCCAAGCUGAACCUUCUGCACAGCUACAUGAAUGUGACGUGGAUCCGGAUCCCCUCUGAGACCCGGGCCCCUCUGGCACAGCCAGAGUCCCCGACGGCCUCGGCGGGGGAGGACGUGCAGUCCCUGCCCGACUCGCUAGACUCGGACCGCGACUCGGUGUGCAGCAACUCCAACAGCAAUAACGGCAAGAAUGGCAAGGACAAGGAGAAGGAGAAGCAGCGCAAGGACAAGGACAAGACCCGCGCGGACUCUGUGGCCAACAAACUGGGCAGCUUCAGCAAGACGCUGGGCAUCAAGCUGAAGAAGAACAUGGGCGGCCUGGGCGGCCUGGUGCACGGCAAAAUGAGCCGCGCCAACUCCGCCAACGGCAAGCACAACGACCCGCCCGAGCGCGGCAAGGAGAAGAAGGCCAAGGCGCGCAAGGGCAGCAAGGAGGAGUCGGGCGCCUCGGCCAGCACGUCGCCCUCGGAGAAGACCACGCCGUCGCCCACGGACAAGACGGCGGGCGCGUCGCCGGCCGACAAGGGCGGCGGGCCCCGCGGCGACGCCUGGAAGUACAGCACGGACGUGAAGCUGAGCCUCAACAUCCUGCGCGCCGCCAUGCAGGGCGAGCGCAAGUUCAUAUUCGCCGGCCUGCUGCUCACCAGCCACCGGCACCAGUUCCACGAGGAGAUGAUCGGCUAUUACCUGACCAGCGCGCAGGAGCGCUUCAGCGCCGAGCAGGAGCAGCGGCGCCGCGACGCCGCCGCCGCCGCCUCCACGGCCAAACGGCCGCAGCGCAGGCCAGAGGCCGAGGGCGCGCCAGGCCCCGAGCGCGCCUCGCCGGGCCCGCCGGCCGGGCCUCCCACGCAGCUGGUGCUCAAGCUCAAGGAGCGCCCGAGCCCCGGGCCGGCGACGGGCACGCGGGCGGCGCGGGCAGCGGCGGGCGGCGCGGCCUCCCCGGGCCCCGUCGGCGGCGCGCGACGCGCGGGUGCCAGUGGACCGGUCCCGGGCCGCAGCCCCCCGGCGCCUGGGCGCCAGAGCGUCAUCCACGUGCAGGCGGCGGGCGCACGGGACGAGGCGUGCGCCCCGGCCGUGGGCGCGCUGCGGCCGUGCGCCACGUACCCGCAGCAGAACCGCUCGCUGUCGUCGCAGAGCUACAGCCCGGCGCGCGCCGCUGCCCUGCGCACCGUCAACACAGUGGAGUCGCUGGCGCGCGCCGUCCCAAUAACCCUGCCCAGCGCGGCGGGGGCGGCGGGAGCGGCCGAGCCCAAGUCGCAGACCUACACCAACGGCUUUUGCGCGGCGCGCGACGGCCUGGAGUUUGCCGACGCCGACGCGCCGGCCGCGCGAUCGAACGGUGAGGGCGGCCGGGGCGGCCCCGGCGCGGGGCCGGCGCAGCGGCGCUGCCAGCGCGAGAACUGCGCGUUCUACGGGCGCGCCGAGACCGAGCACUACUGCUCGUACUGCUACCGCGAGGAGCUGCGGCGGCGGCGCGAGGCGCGCGCGGCCCGGCCCUGAGCGUGCGCCGCGGCCCCGCCGGCUGGGCUGUCCUCUCCACGCUGUUGGUGUCUCCUCCGCGCCCUGGUCCACCGGGAGGCCGGCGAUCCUCUGUCCGUGCUGUGUACGUGUUUGGUCAAACGUUUCUAAUGGUGCCUGAACCUACACUGACGCCACUCAGGUAGUAGACGGAUAGGAAACAAGUCAUACUGUUGGAAGUGGGUGUGCUAGCUAGCAUCUGCCUCGUACCUGUGGAAACUCAAUAGCCAUUGCAAGGGUAUUUUUGUUCUUCAAUAAGAGAAAUAAAGAAAUUUGCAGCCC